UAUUUUAGCGGGUGGGGGGGUUUCGGGCGGGUGAGCCUCGCCCGCGGAGAAGCGGGGGCUGGGAGCCACCGAAGAGGCCCGUCGAGGGGAUGUUGCGGUGGAUCCGGCAGCAGCUGGGUUUUGACCCACCACAUCAGAGUGAUAACCGAACUAUUUAUAUAGCCAAUCGUUUUCCUCAGCAUGGUCAUUAUGUUCCUCAGAAGUUUGCAGAAAACAGAAUAAUCUCCUCUAAGUAUACUGUAUGGAAUUUUGUUCCCAAAAAUUUAUUUGAGCAGUUCAGAAGGAUAGCCAACUUUUAUUUUCUUAUUAUAUUUUUGGUUCAGCUUAUGAUAGAUACACCUACAAGUCCAAUAACCAGUGGAUUGCCAUUGUUUUUUGUAAUAACUGUGACUGCCAUAAAGCAGGGCUAUGAAGAUUGGUUACGCCAUAAAGCAGACAAUGAAGUGAAUGGAGCUCCAGUGUAUGUUGUUCGUAGUGGUGGCCUUGUAAAAACAAGAUCAAAGAACAUUCGGGUGGGAGAUAUUGUCAGAGUAGCCAAAGAUGAAACUUUCCCUGUUGAUCUCGUACUUCUGUCAUCUGACAGAGCAGAUGGCUCUUGCUACGUUACUACUGCAAGCUUGGAUGGAGAAACUAAUCUUAAGACACAUGUUGCAGUCCCCGAAACAGCAGUAUUGCAGUCAGUUGCCAAUCUGGACAAACUUGUAGCUGUUAUAGAAUGUCAGCAACCAGAAGCAGAUCUAUACAGAUUCGUUGGACGAAUAACAAUAAGUGAACAAAUUGAGGAAAUAGUACGACCUCUUGGACCCGAAAGUCUGUUACUUCGUGGAGCAAGAUUGAAAAACACCAAAGAAAUUUUUGGUGUUGCAGUGUAUACAGGAAUGGAGACGAAGAUGGCAUUAAAUUACAAGAGUAAAUCACAGAAACGAUCAGCAGUAGAAAAGUCUAUGAAUUCCUUUUUGAUUAUCUAUCUAAUAAUCCUCCUCUUUGAAGCAAUCUUGAGUACAAUAUUGAAAUAUGCCUGGCAGUCUGAAGAAAAGUGGCAUGAGCCUUGGUAUAACCAGCAAACUGAUCAUGAAAGAAACAGCAGCAAGAUUCUGAGAUUUAUUUCAGAUUUCCUUGCUUUCCUGGUCCUUUACAACUUCAUUAUUCCCAUUUCACUGUACGUGACUGUUGAGAUGCAGAAAUUUCUAGGAUCUUUUUUUAUUGGUUGGGAUCUUGACCUCUAUCAUGAAGAAACAAAUGAGAAGGCCCAAGUGAAUACUUCAGAUCUCAAUGAAGAGCUGGGACAGGUGGAGUAUGUGUUUACAGAUAAAACUGGUACAUUAACUGAAAAUGUGAUGCAGUUUCGGGAAUGUUCCAUUAAUGGUAUAAAGUACCAAGAGAUCAAUGGCAAACUGGUUCCGGAAGGGCUGAUUGAGGAUUUUCCAGAUGGAAUACAGCCUAGACUGACGGAAGAGGAAGAAAUCUUCCUGAAAGCUGUUUGCCUCUGUCACACAGUGCAGAUUAAUAAUGACCAAACUGACGGCAUUUGUGAUAGUCCUUGGCGUAGCAAUGGCAUAUCCUCUCAGCUGGAGUACUAUGCCUCCUCCCCAGAUGAAAAGGCUUUAGUCGAAGCUGCCCGCAGGGUUGGUGUUGUGUUUACUGGAGCAAGUGCAGAAAGUAUGGAGCUUAAAAGCUGUGGAAAGCCAGAAAGGUACAAAUUACUACAUGUUUUGGCGUUUGAUGCAAAUCGCAGAAGGAUGAGCGUAAUUGUAGAAAGCCCAUCAGGUGAGAAGCUCUUAUUCACCAAAGGUGCAGAAUCCGUUAUUCUUCCUCGCAGUACAAGUGGAGAGGUAGAAAAAACCAGAAUUCAUGUGGAUGAAUUUGCUUUGAAAGGAUUAAGAACUCUGUGUGUAGCUUACAGAAAAUUCACCGCUAAGGAGUAUCAGGAAGUUGAAAAACGCCUUUUUGAGGCAAAAACCGCUUUACAACAGCGGGAAGAGCGAUUGUCAGAGGUGUAUAACUUUAUAGAAAAUGACCUGGAACUACUUGGAGCUACAGGAGUGGAAGACAAACUCCAAGACAAAGUCCAAGAAACCAUAGAAGCGCUCCGACUGGCAGGAAUUAAAGUGUGGGUGCUCACUGGUGACAAGCAUGAAACCGCUGUCAAUGUCAGUUUAUCUUGCGGACACUUCCAUAGAACCAUGAACAUCCUGGAACUUGUGCAGCACAAAUCAGACAGUACGUGUGCAGAGCAGCUGAGGCAGCUAGCCAGAAGAAUAGAGGAGGACCAUGUAAUCCAGCAUGGGCUGGUGGUGGACGGGACCAGCCUCUCCCUCGCACUCAGGCAGCAUGAGAAGCUCUUCAUGGAAGUCUGCAGAAAUUGCUCUGCCGUCCUGUGCUGUCGCAUGGCGCCUCUGCAGAAAGCAAAGGUUGUGCGGCUGUUGAAAACCUCUCCAGAGAAGCCUAUCACGUUAGCUAUAGGAGAUGGAGCUAAUGAUGUGAGCAUGAUACAGGAAGCUCAUGUUGGGAUAGGUAUUAUGGGUAAAGAAGGAAGACAAGCUGUAAGAAACAGUGACUAUGCAAUUGCAAGAUUUAAAUUUCUUUCCAAAUUACUUUUGGUCCACGGCCACCUUUAUUAUAUUAGAAUAGCAACCCUUGUACAGUACUUUUUUUACAAGAAUGUGUGCUUUAUUACACCACAGUUUUUAUAUCAAUUCUUUUGCUUGUUUUCACAACAAACUCUGUAUGACAGUGUGUACCUGACUUUGUACAACAUUUGUUUCACCUCCCUGCCAGUCCUCAUGUACAGUCUUUUUGAGCAGCACGUGCAUCCCCAUGUAUUACACAGCAAGCCAACGCUGUAUCGAGACAUCAGUAAAAAUGCCCACUUGGGCUUUAAGCCUUUCCUUUACUGGACCUUCCUGGGAUUUGUCCAUGCUUUUGUUUUCUUCUUUGGCUCAUAUAUUCUGAUGGGAGAAGACACUUCAUUGCUGGGAAAUGGCCAGAUAUUGAAAUCUAACAGGCAAAUGAUGUUUGGAAACUGGACAUUUGGUACUCUGGUCUUCACGAUUAUGGUUAUAACAGUGACAAUGAAGAUGGCUUUAGAGACUCAUUUCUGGACCUGGAUAAACCAUUUUGUUACCUGGGGUUCCAUUGUGUUUUACUUUGUAUUCUCCUUGUUCUAUGGGGGAAUUAUCUGGCCAUUUUUGCACACCCAAGACAUGUACUUCGUAUUUGUCCAGUUGCUUUCCAGCGGCUCUGCUUGGUUUGCCAUAAUCAUCAUAGUUGUCACUUGUUUGUUUUUCGAUAUUGUGAAAAAAGUACUGUACCGACACCUGCAGCCCACAAGUACAGAAAAAGCCCAGCUUACUGAGACAAGUGCAGGUAUCAACUGCUUGGACUCCAUGUGCUGCUUCUCAGAUGGAGAAACAGCAUGUGCGCCUCUUAGAAGAAUGCUGGAGCGAAUGAUGGGGAGCUGCAGCCCGACGCGAAUCAACAGGUGUGGAAUUUCUCUCAAUUGCCUUUGCUGCCGACGGUUCUCUUAUAAACUGGAGCACGACGAGCCGGCAGCUGUAGAUGUCUAGUGAAAGGCAGGAGGAGGCGCUCCUCGCAGGGCCCAGCCCCCUUUUUAAUUUUUGGAUCUCAAAAGAUCAGUGUUUCUGCUUCUCCUGGAAGCCCUUUCAGUGGAGCGCAAGAAAGGAAGCUGCCUUUGUAUUUGUAUUUUGUUCCGAAAACUUGCUGAAUUUUUCCCGCAACGUCGUCCGAUCCAGCAGCUGCAGUGUGCCUAGAGUGGCUUUGACAUACGCAUGAAGCUGCACAUGAGCCGGGGUUCCCCUGCUCUCUGCAAUACCAACAAGUGAUACGAGUGCAUUUGCCAGUGAGCAGAAGAGAGUAGCUUCUGCUCAUGCCAAGCUUUGUGUGUGUGCCGCAGUCCAAAAAAAAAAAAGCUCCGUUUUUUGCUUCUCCUUUUCUUGUGUGCAUAUAUCAGUAUGAUUUCCCCCCUCCUCUCUUGCCUUGUAUUUCCUUUUCCUCAAAAUCUGAUCACUGUCCUGAUUUAUUCCCCUGAUUUAGCUCUUCCUUGUGUUCGCAAAUUAGAAAACGGUUUGUGCAA